AUGACCAGCGCAGCGGACGUGAUCGUCUUGUCAUCCUCUCCAAAUUGCGCCCCUCGAUCUCCAGUACGAGAUACGAACUUCCUCGAAAGAGCAGUGAGAAUCUCGCCACAAUGCUCCUCGCCACCGCCGCUACCCUCCCCUUCACAGCUGUUCGAGCUCCCCACGCGUUCUGCAUACUUUGCCACAGAAAGCAGCACAACGAAGAGCUCGAGCACCUCACAGAAAAGGGAACGGCGAACCUCCAAAACAGCGCCUUCUAAGUCUACGAAUCCGGAUGAAAAGGCGCGCGCCAGGAAGUCGCGAUCGAAGGCGAAGAAGACGGCUGAGUCUGAACCAACUGCCUUGGAUCACCUCGGAGCAGAUUCAGUGGAUUACAGAGAUGGCGCGACGAUAAAUAAGUCUGGGACGAAGCAAAGUCGGUCUGCAAAGACUACUUCGAAGCGCAAGGACUCGGGCAAUAUGAAAUUAGCUGGAAAAAUCACCAAGUCGGGUGCUGAUGCGCCGGCGAAGAAGACCAGCAAGGCUGGCAAGAAAGCUGUUGAUUCAUUGGUUCCGACGAUCGACCUGUCAAAGGAAUCAAACGCGCUGGGAGAGGACGAGGAGCUACAUCUUGAUGUCGCGACAAGGCGAAGGAUAGACUGGACACCACCACCAGAUACCAAUUCGGGAAACAGUGCCGUCGAAGAAAUGAAUACGAAGGACGACAGUGAAGCAGCCGAAUCUGGCAGAUUCGGCACGCUGUUGUCCAGCUACAACUUUGCUACUUCAGCACCAACUUCUCGCGAGAUGCGCCAAAACGCAGACGGUGGACCAACCAAGCGAAGGCGCAUCGAGCUCAUGAAUUCGCAUCUUCCAGCAACCAACGACGAAAAGACAACUGACACGAAGAGUGAAACAUCUGACUCGGCCUCUUCUGCUGCGCAAACAAAAAGAAAAAAGGCACAAACCAAACGGUUCACAACAUUGACCGCUCGGAUGACCGCGAAGUACAGUAUCUUGGAAGAGGAUAUCGACGGCGUAUUAGACAGCGAAAAAGAGAAGCCUAAACGCCGCGGCAAAGUCAAGUCUACCAACACAGACCCCGAGUUCACAAUCCUUUCUCCCGAAGCUGCUGCCAAGGCCUUUGAUGAGCAGGAUCUCAUGUUCGGCACCUGCAGCCAGUUGGAGAGGGAAGAUUCGCCGCAAACGCUGGAAGAGAUGCAGGAAGCGAUUCGUGCUUCCGAGAAACUUUUCGAGAAGCAGAAAGCUUCUUCUGACGAUCGACGUGUCACCUCUGCUCGUCCCUUUUCCAGACUGGUUGGCAGCCGAAAUUUAUGGGGAGUUGCCGCCAGGAAUACGGACGGGUCCUUGAUUCAGGCUGAGGCCUUGGACAAGGUCGAUUUGACAGAUCCAAAAGAGACCAGCAAAACAAUACACAAGCAAAAGGAAUUCGACUGGCUUGAGAUCGAUUGUGGAGAGUCUAAUUCGGAUCCAAGGAUGAAGAUCCAGGUGCCUGCCAAGUCUGUGCCCCAGUAUCAGGCUGUAAUCACUGCAUCUCAGCCCUCGAAAGAUACAGAAGACAGCGAUCUGCCCGUGAACUCUCAGCGGCCUUCUAUGCCGCAGUAUAGUGGGUUCACGGACUCAGAGCUAUCCAAACAGGUAGCUGCAUACGGAUUCAAGUCUGUGAGGGGCCGAAAGAAGAUGAUCGAUCUUCUCCAAAAGUGCUGGGAAUCGAAACAUGGCAGUGGCAACAAGUCUGCGGGUCCUUCGCAGCAGCCCGAGAAACCGAAAGCUUCCACCUCUGCCAAACCUCAGACCUCAGCUCCAAGCAAGGCCAAGAGAACAAAAACGAAUCCCCAGUCAUCCUCCAAAAAUCCGCAGAAGAGCCCCAAAGACAAGCAGACGAAUCGCUCUUUUAUCGACGUCGACGAGAUCCAAGACUCCGAGGAGGAAAUACUUCCUUCUCCAAGUCAAGUCCAGAAACGAUACACGGACACAUACACCAGCAAAUCCAGCGGUGCUCAAGAGCAUUCUCUGGAUAUGUCACUCAAGCCACCGCCACCCCCAAGUCCCACAAAACGCAAAACCGCCGCCGCUCGCAAGCCAUCGAGCACUCGGUCCCCAUCUUCCACCUCCAUCACAAAGCCAGUAACCAGACCAGACGCCUCCAAACGAAGCAGUCUCCCAGACCUAGGCACACAGAUCACCAAAGCCGUUCGCGCUCAAAAGCAGUCCCCCCUCUCAUCCAUGUCCAACAGCCGCAGUAAUCCGACAUGGCACGAGAAGAUCCUGAUGUAUGACCCGAUCGUCCUGGAGGAUUUUACUACAUGGCUGAAUGUCGAGGGACUUGGUCUUGUCGGCGAAGAUCGUGAGAUCAGUGCUGGGUCCGUGAGAGAGUGGUGCGAGGGGAAAGGUGUUUGUUGUUGCUGGAAGAAGAAUGCUAGUUGGUAG